AUGGACCAAGAGGACAUCUCACCAUUGCAGCACUUUGUGGUAGCGAAAAGAACAAUCUGUGCCGUGUUUGACCAGUUACUCGAGUUCGUCACAGAGUGUUCUCAGUUUGUUGAGGAAACCUAUAAAAACGAUGACCUGCAGCGCGUGGCAGUGGAAGAUCAGUGCCUACAGAUUCAGCUCUAUUCCAAAAAACUGGCCACCAUCAAGGAGGUGCUGGCACGCAGACACAUGAAAGUGGCUUUCUUUGGCAGGACGAGUAAUGGUAAGUCUACAGUCAUCAAUGCUAUGCUGCGUGAGCGAGUGCUCCCCAGUGGCAUUGGGCACACCACCAACUGUUUCCUGAGUGUGGAGGGCACAGAUGGAGAGCAGGCUUACCUCAUGACUGAAGACUCAGAUGAGCGAAAGAGCAUCAAGACAGUUAAUCAGCUGGCCCAUGCUCUACAUAUGGACCACAGUCUGGACUCAGGCUGCCUGGUCCGCGUGUUCUGGCCCAAGACCAAGUGUGCCCUGCUGAGAGACGACCUGGUUUUGAUGGACAGUCCAGGUACUGAUGUCAACUCUGAGCUGGACAGCUGGAUCGACAAGUUCUGUCUGGACGCCGACGUGUUUGUGUUGGUCGCCAACUCUGAAUCUACUAUCAUGAACACGGAGAAACACUUUUUUCACAAAGUGAAUGAGCGCAUAUCCAAACCUAACAUCUUCAUCCUGAAUAACCGCUGGGAUGCAUCUGUGUCUGAGCCAGAGUACAUGGAAGAUGUGCGAAGGCAGCACAUGAACCGCUCUGUGGCUUUCUUGGUGGAGGAGCUGAAGGUGGUGGACUUGGCUCAAGCCCCUGACCGCAUCUUCUUCGUGUCUGCCAAAGAGGUGCUGAGUUCCAGGAUGCACCGCGCCCAGGGCAUGCCAGAGACUGGUGGUGCUUUGGCUGAGGGAUUCCAGGAGAGACUGAGAGAGUUCCAAAGCUUUGAAAGGACUUUUGAGGAAUUCAUCUCACAGUCAGCAGUGAAGACCAAAUUUGAGCAGCACACACUUAGAGCUUGGCAGAUUACAGAGUCAGUCAAAGCCAUCAUGGAUGCCAUCAACAUCGCUUCAGCAGAAAAGAAAGUGCUCUCACUAGAGGAACGUGAGGCUCUUAUGGACCGCCUGGAGUUUGUCCGCAAUCAGCUUAACUUCCUAAGCGAGGACAUCAAAGACAAGAUCAGGGCUUUUGCUGACAAGGUGUCAGCCCAGGUCUCCAGUGCUCUGGUUGAAGAGAUCAGUGGUUUGUCUCUGCUAGUGGACGACUUCUGUGCUGACUUCAGCCCCUCUCCCAGUGCCUUAGCCCUCUACAAAAGUAAGCUGCUGGUGUAUGUAGAGGAGAGAAUGGUUAGGAAUCUGGCCACACGCUGUUCCAGCAGUAUCACUGGCUCUGUGCUGUCCUCUCAGGGAGAUAUUAUGGACAGCAUACGGCCUCUGCUGCCCCCUGCUGCCCGGGGGCAGCUACAUCAACACGUGUCCAGCAGAAAAUUCAACAUGACCUACGAUCUCAACUUGGCUACACUCUGUGCAGACUUUCAGGAGGACAUCGAGUUCCAGUUCUCAUUAGGCUUGACUGCUCUGGUCAAUCGUUUCCUGGGGCCUGUCAGGGCUAAACAAGCUCUGAUGAUACUGGACCAAAAUUUCAAGGUGUGUUAUUGUUUCCAGGCCACAGGUCCCUCUGCCCCUCAAACCCAGGAGGAGCUAGCCAUGUCCGUGGCAACCGGACUGGUCUCUCUCACCUCCAGAGCCUCCAUGGGCAUGCUGGUCAUCGGCGGCAUGGUGUGGCGUGCAGUGGGCUGGAGGAUCAUUUUGCUGUCUGUGAGUCUCUAUGGUCUUCUUUACCUGUAUGAAAAAUUCACCUGGACCAACAGCUCCAGAGAGAAAGCUCUCAAGCAGCAGUUUGUAGAUUACGCUACCCAGCGAAUGCAAGCCAUCUCACACAUCACCAGCAACAACUGUGGCCAGCAGGUUCAGCAGGAGAUGGUGGCUGUGUUUGCCCGAAUGUGUCAGCAGGUCGACAAGAGCGAAAUGGAGCUGGAGACAGAGAUCCGCCAACUAAGCGCCAAAAUCCAGCGGCUGGAGAGCGUCCAGAGACACUCCAAGACCCUGAGGCAUAAAGCCACAGACUUGGAGUCCCAGCUGGAGGCUUUCUCAGUGCAGUAUCUUCAGGUCGAUGAACACUAAGGUUUUGACAGCACAC